CGCCGCGCCGCGCGCCGCCGCCUGCAAACGAAGCCGGCCGGCCGGAGCUGCCCAUGGAGAAAGUGCCGGGCGAGAUGGAGAUCGAGCGCAGGGAGCGGAGCGAGGAGCUGUCCGAGGCGGAGAGGAAGGCGGUGCAGGCUACGUGGGCCCGGCUCUAUGCCAACUGCGAGGACGUGGGGGUGGCCAUCCUGGUGAGGUUCUUCGUGAACUUCCCGUCUGCCAAGCAGUACUUCAGCCAGUUCAAGCACAUGGAGGAGCCCCUGGAAAUGGAGAGGAGCCCCCAGCUGCGGAAGCAUGCCUGCAGGGUCAUGGGCGCCCUCAACACGGUGGUGGAGAAUCUGCACGACCCCGAGAAGGUCUCCUCUGUGCUGGCGCUGGUGGGCAAGGCCCACGCCCUCAAGCACAAGGUGGAGCCCGUGUACUUCAAGAUCCUCUCCGGGGUCAUUCUGGAGGUGAUCGCUGAGGAAUGUGCCAGCGACUUCCCGCCUGAGACGCAGAGAGCCUGGGCCAAGCUGCGCGGCCUCAUCUACAGCCACGUGACCGCGGCCUACAAGGAAGUGGGCUGGCCCGCCGGCCACGCUGCCUUCUUCGGGGCCGUAGGACCCCCUUUCUCCUCCCCCACCCCUGGCACCUUGAGCAGAAGGCCGAAUUCUGAAGACUCCAUCCGGGUGCCCAGGACGCUGGAGGAAGCCCCGACUCGUCUGCUGAGAAAGCGGGGGCCCCGCUGCGGCCACAGCCCUGGGGAGCCCCGCUGGAUGCUGUCUCGCUGGGCGGCCUGGGUGGGGGCCCUUCCUCCCUGAAGGGCCGGGGCCACUCUUCUUAGCUUUUCUACUCACUGUUAGAGACCUAGCUGAGCGGCUGAGGACGGCGGCGUGGGGUCCGGCAGCAAUCAGCCCGCCCUGUUUGCAGCUGCCGGCCAGCAUGCGGGCCCGCACCACCCUCUAGAGUUCCCCGCACUUAGGUACUUACAGGUAUAUCCUCUCUGCGGCCUCUAUACAAACACAUGUAUUCCAGACGCAUCUGUAACGUGUAUCUGCGGGGCCAGGAGGCCUCUGGGGGAGGGGCAGGGAGGGUCCUGGUCACGCUCCGGCAGACCACACAAUGUUCUGGCAGGCGGGGACCCACGUCUGCAGAGGGGACCCGGGUCUCCGUGGCAGGGUUGGGGUGGCCCUGCUUGUCGGCAGCCAGCCCGCUCUCCGAACAGCUCCUCACACCCUUGCUUCCCACUUCCGGGCCAAAGGACUUGGCAGCCCUCGCCUCUGCCCCCCACAGAGGCUGUGGCUCCCCGACUUGCCUGAAGUGGGCGAGGGCAGGCGGGAGCCCGGAGUUCCGGAUGGGAUGACUAGCGGGGCCCGGACACAAACCCCGUCUGCAGCUGAGACAGCCCAGGUGGGUGGGGGCCCAGCUCCCCCCAGGGCCGUCUCCUCCUGGGGGUCCCUCCUGGGGGUCCCUCCUGGGGGUCUGAGGACCGAGCCCCUCCUAGGCCCUCCCAGCUGUGGGUGACGGUCGGUUGGUCGGUCCUGGCCAUCGCCUGGCUCAGCAUUUCGGGGGGCCCCUCCCCCGCGUGCACCUUGGUCACGUGUGUCGCCCCCAGGGUGUGUUGCUGCUGUGGUUGCUGUGCCGUGUCCCGUCCUGUCCCCUCCGUGCCGCUGUCCGUGACCGCCUGUCCCCCGCUGUAGUUUCUGGUGUCUGUGGCCAGACCAUUAAACAAACUUGUCCCCUG